AUGUCACAUCGUGGAACAAAAGUGGACAAUAUUCCCGAUCUGAGUACAUGUAUGCAGGGUGCCAUGGAAAGACCCUGCAUAUAUGCACUCAGAUCGGAAACUUUGUUCACGAUGUCACAUCGUGGAACAAAAGUGGACAAUAUUCCCGAUCUGAGUACAUGUAUGCAGGGUGCCAUGGAAAGACCCUGCAUAUAUGCACUCAGAUCGGAAACUUUGUUCACGAUGUCACAUCGUGGAACAAAAGUGGACAAUAUUCCCGAUCUGAGUACAUGUAUGCAGGGUGCCAUGGAAAGACCCUGCAUAUAUGCACUCAGAUCGGAAACUUUGUUCACGAUGUCACAUCGUGGAACAAAGGUGGACAAUAUUCCCGAUCUGAGUACAUGUAUGCAGGGUGCCAUGGAAAGACCCUGCAUAUAUGCACUCAGAUCGGAAACUUUGUUCACGAUGUCACAUUGCGGAACAAAAGUGGACAAUAUUCCCGAUCUGAGUACAUGUAUGCAGGGUGCCAUGGAAAGACCCUGCAUAUAUGCACUCAGAUCGGAAACUUUGUUCACGAUGUCACAUCGUGGAACAAAAGUGGACAAUAUUCCCGAUCUGAGUACAUGUAUGCAGGGUGCCAUGGAAAGACCCUGCAUAUAUGCACUCAGAUCGGAAACUUUGUUCACGAUGUCACAUUGCGGAACAAAAGUGGACAAUAUUCCCGAUCUGAGUACAUGUAUGCAGGGUGCCAUGGAAAGACCCUGCAUAUAUGCACUCAGAUCGGAAACUUUGUUCACGAUGUCACAUCGUGGAACAAAAGUGGACAAUAUUCCCGAUCUGAGUACAUGUAUGCAGGGUGCCAUGGAAAGACCCUGCAUAUAUGCACUCAGAUCGGAAACUUUGUUCACGAUGUCACAUCGUGGAACAAAAGUGGACAAUAUUCCCGAUCUGAGUACAUGUAUGCAGG